CAUCUCAUCUGCUGGUGGAAAGUACAUCAAGGACGUGUUAGAGACAUGGACUCGAUAUCUCCUAUGAUACCAACGUCCAAAGGUAAGAAUGUAAAAACUCAACUGCCCUUGAGCCGGAUGAGCCGGGAAGAACUGGAAGACAGUUUAUUUCGUCUUCGUGAUGAGCACAUUUUGGUGAAGGAGCUUUUUUGGAAGCAACAGGAUGAGAUCAAAAGGAUGAGGACAGCCUUGCUCCGGCUCACCGCGGCAGGCCGGGACCUGAGGCCCGAGGUAGCAACGGCGGAGCAGCUCCGGGAGCCCGCUAGGCGGCGGCGGAACGCGGGGUGGCGGCAGCGCCCCGCCAAGCAUCAGCGCCCUCCCGUGCACGGGCUGCAACUGCAGCUGCAGCGCUUGGGCCCCCCUGCUCCCCGCCGCACCCAGCCUCGCGUCCACGUGGGACACAGACAGCUCCACACCGCAGGGGCGCCAGGGGCCGAGAAACCCAAGAGGGAGUCAAGGGACCGGCUGAGCUACACAGCCCCUCCCACAUUCAAGGAACAUGUGACAAGUGAAAAAGCCAGAGGUGAAAUAGCCAGUGAACCCAGCGAACUGUGAUUUCUAUUUCUUCUUUUUGUUCCUAAUUCUAACAGUAUAAUUUCUUUUAGCAAAGUCAUAAUUAUGGCUAAAGUCAUUGGUCUAACAUCAUAAAGUCACAUGCCUAACAGUGCCCACAUUAUGACCAGCAGUACUAUGGAAGUGGAAGAACCACUCAAGUCUCCUGAGAAAAUGUGGUCCAAAGAUGAAAACUGUGAACAGAGGAGCUCUUUGGAGUGUGCUCAGAAGGCCACAGAGCUUCGAGCUUCCAUUAAGGAGAAUAUACAGCUGAUACAACUUCAGAAGCUCUUACGUGAAAGGAAUACCUGUUUGGCAGCGACAAAAGCACAAUUAACGGAAGUUCAGGCGGCUUAUGAUACUCUGCUGCAGAAGAAUGAGGGAAUCCUGGGUGCAGCCCAUGAUGCCCUCCUCAGCCAAGUGAAUGAGCUCAGGGCAGAGCUGAAGGAGGAGAGCAAGAAGGCUGUGAGCUUGAAGAGCCAACUGGAGGAUGUGUCCAUCCUGCAGAUAACACUGAAGGAGUUUCAGGAGAGAGUUGAAGAUUUGGAAAAAGAACGAAAAUUGCUGAAUGACAAUUAUGACAAACUCUUAGAAAACAUGCUGGACAGCAGCAAUCAGUCUCAGUGGAGCAAUGAGCUUGUAGGAGAACAGCUACAGCAGAAAGUCUCUCAGCUGCAGGAUCAGCUGGAUGCUGAGCUGGAGGAGAAGAAGAACAUCUUACUUCAGCUGUCCAGGGAGAAAGCUCAAAACAAGGAUCUGAAGCUUGAAGUCACCAAUCUGCUUCAGAAGCAUAAGCAGGAAGUAGAGGAACUCCAAAAUAAAGACACAAUUUCCCAAUCUCCUAACAGGCAAUCUGAGCCAGCCACUCACCCAGUUCUAUUCCAGGAGACUGUUCAGAUAGAGCCCUGUGAACCCAAAAAACAAGAAGAAAGGAAGCUGUCCCAGAUGUUAAGAGAGUUGCAAGUAUCGCAUGCAGAGACCACAUUGGAAUUAGAAAAGACCAGAGACAUGCUUAUUCUGCAGCGCAAAAUCAACAUGUGUUAUCAGGAGGAACUGGAGGCAACGAUGACAAAAGCCGAUAAUGAAAAUAAGAAUCACAAAGAAAAACUGGAGAGGUUGAAUCGACUCCUAGAUCUCAAGAACAGUCGUAUCAAUCAGCUGGAAGGUAUUUUAAGAAGCCAUGGCCUUCCGAUAUCCGAACAGCUCAAAGAUGUGGCUUAUGGCACCCGACAGUUGUCAUUAUGUCUGGAACCACUGCAAGCCCAUGGAGAUGAGGAUACAGUGGACAUUUCUCCAUGGCAUCAGAGUGAGAAUCUUUUUGAACUGCACAUCCACCAGGCCUUCCUGACAUCUGCUGCCCUGGCUCAGGCUGGAGACACUCAACCGACCACUUUCUGCACCUAUUCCUUCUAUGACUUUGAAACCCACUGUACCCCACUAGCUGUGGGGCCGCAGCCCCUCUAUGACUUCACAUCCCAGUAUGCAGUAGAGACAGAUUCCCUCUUCUUGUGCUACCUUCAGGGGGCUUCAGCCCAGCUUGAUCUACACCAGGCUAUAGCCAGUGAGCACCACACCCUUGCAGCUGGAUGGAUUUGCUUUGACAGGGUGCUAGAAACUGUGGAGAGGGUCCAUGGCUCUGUCACACUUAUUGGAGCUGGUGGAGAAGACUUCGGGGUGCUAGAGUACUGGAUGAGGCUGCGCUUCCCCAUAAGAUCCAGCCUACAGGCAUACAAUAAGCGAAAGAAAGCCCGGGCCUACCUGUCAGCCAAUGUGCUUGGAGCCUGGGAGGCCCAGGAGGACGAGUCCAGAUCAGAGACUUGCAAGCGUCAGAAUGAGCUGCGGGUGCAAAUCAUCCGAUGCUACGGCCUCCGGAGUCGACGGCAGCUGGGAGCCCAACCCAGUCCAUACGCCAUGUAUCGCUUCUUUACCUUUUCUGACCAUGACACCACCAUCAUCCCAGCCAGUAACAAUCCCUACUUCAGAGACCAGGCUCGAUUCCCAGUGCUCAUGACUUCUGACCUGGAUCAGUAUCUGAGGCAGGAGGCCCUGUCUGUGUACAUUUUUGAUGAUGAAGACCCAGAGCCUGGCUCUUACCUUGGCCACGUCCAAGUGCCCUUGCUUCCUCUUGCACAAAACAAAUCCAUUACAGGUGAUUUUAACCUCACUGACCCUGCAGGGAAACCUAAUGGAUCUGUUCAGGUGCACUUGGAUUGGAAGUCUUGCUACCUGCCCCCAGAGAGCUUCCCGAAACCAGAAGCUAAGAGUAAGAAGAACACCAAGGACAGUUUAGAGACCACAACUGAAGAGAAAAAAGCUGCCUUUCCUCCUCAGGACCAGAUGGUAUCUGCUGAGAUUCCUACUGAAACUGGCCAGUAUCAAGCUAAGGGAAAACUUCCUCAGGUGGGACAAAUAAAGGAAAGGGAACACCAGGUUGCAGCCUACUCAAGAAGAAAACAUGGCAAAAGAACAGGCAUCCAAGGAAAGAACAGAAUGGAGUAUCUUAGUCGUAACAUCUUAAAUGGAAAUACACUACAGGUGAACUACACUGAAUGGAAAUUCUCAGGGCUUAAGAUCUCUGCAGAUGGUGGUUUGAAAACUCAGCAAAAGGAAGAGGAAAUGAUAUCAGCCCAUUCAGCACGGAUACAGAAGGAAGCCCUACAUCCUGUGAAUGGUAAAGAAUCCUGUGAACAAGCUUCUGAAGUCAGUGAAGCACAAACUACAGACAGUGAUGAAAUAAUAACACCUGUAUCUCAGAAACACCCUAAGGCAGAUUCAGAGAAGAUGUGCAUUGAAAUUGUCUCCCUGGCCUUCUACCCUGAGGCUGAAGUGAUGUGUGAUGAGAGCAUAAAACAGGUGUACGUGGAGUACAGGUUCUACGACCUGCCCUUGUCGGAGACAGAGACUCCGGUGUCGCUGCGGAAGCCGAGGGCAGGAGAAGAGAUCCACUUCCACUUCAGCAAGGUGAUAGACCUGGACCCGCUGGAGCAGAAAGGCCGCCGGCAGUUUCUGUUCGCCGUGCUGACUGGACAGGACCCUGAGCGAGGACAUUUGAGGUUUACAGUGGUAAGCGAUCCUAUGGCUGAGGAAGAGAAAGAGUGUCAAGAAGUAGGAUACGCGUUCCUGGAACUGUGGCCGGUCAUGGACUCCGGAAGGGACAUUCUAGAGCGAGAGCUCGACGUUGUUAGCCCCGAAGACCAGAGCACCCCAAUAGGAAGGCUGAAGGUGUCCCUUCAAGCGGCCGCCGCCCUCCAGGCCAUUUACAAGGAGAUGACUGGAGAUUUGUUUUCGUGAUGGAACAAGUGCUAUUCCAUUUC